AUGGUCCUAUGUGUCGAUGUGGACAAGAAUGGAAAGGAAAUCGAUGCCACAUCAAAGUUAACCCGCCUGCUGCAGAUUUCGCCUACACUCAAAAUAGCAUAUGGACUCUCCUGGAGAAACAUUGGUGAAAUGUCAUCAAAUUCAUUUUCUCUUGCACUAGUAAGACCAUCCUCUUGUACUGGGUCAACUAAGAGCAAUACUAACACAAGUCUUGAAGUCAACAGCCUCUCUCAGGAUGUCUUAAUUAAUUUCCCACGCUCGAUAGCCAUGCAGAAGCGAAUAUUGGUAAAUCUCAGCAUCGUGGAAUACAAGCUGACUGAAUUGGAAUAUUUCCUAGUUAUUAAGGGUGUAAAGGAUGCAUUAGUUAACCAGAAAUCCACUGGCAUGCUUGGAAAAUGUACCGACAUUGGAGGUGAACAUUAA